AUGGCGAAAGGACAGGAGAUGGCGAUCAAUUUAGACGACAUUAUUGAGAGGCUCUUACUGCAUCCCUCUCAUAAUGGUGCCGCGGCCUUGGCUUCCGCCUCCAUAGAGAACCCUGUUGGCCGUCAAUGCAAAUACAGCCGUCAGUCACGUCUCACUGCCUUCAAGAACGCACAGGCGAUGGAUUCGUAUCGUCAAUUAAACGAAAUGUCGUCACUGAAGGAGUUGUCAGAGGUAGAGGUACGUUACCUCGUCAUACAGGCACGUAUGAUCUUUAUGUCACAGCCGAUGCUUGUAGAAGUAACAGCACCGGUCCGAAUUUGUGGUGAUGUACAUGGGCAGUACCACGACCUUCUACGUCUUUUUGAUCUUGGCGGCUAUCCACCGGAGGCCAACUACCUCUUUCUUGGUGACUACGUAGACCGGGGCGACCAGUCCAUUGAGACCAUCUGUCUUUUGUU